AUGUCUCCAUGCCUCUACCCCGACAGAAACCUGGACUCUGGCGAAGAUGCAGAACUGCGUGGGGCGAUCUACGACGACAACAGUGCCCUCCUGACGGUAAUCCUGGACGUUCUGGUGCUGCUCGCAACACCGCUCCUCACCUUGGAUCAACGUUUGGUUUGCGGACAGAUCCAAGAUGGCAGCCCUCCCCGCUCCUCCGUAAUCCCGAUCCGACAGGUGGGUUCUCCGGCGGGAUUAAGCCUGUACAAUCGUGGCUUUGUGCUGAAUUAA